AUGGAUACUGCCCGAUCAGAGGUCAUUAGGGAUAUGCAACAGGAGAUGUCUGUUGCGAAUGAAGAUUUGAUCGCUCCGAAAGACACAUCUCAACUUCUUGCAUCCAGCAGCAUUUCCGCGGCGAACCUGGCCUCCCCCACUUUGGCUUUAGACGCAAGAGGAUGGCUAGAUCCUGGGCUACCAGUAUAUCCUGAAAAGGAUGGGCUGGCGGGAGUUCUCCUGAUGGAGAACAAACGUGCGACUUGCAUACGAUGCAGCCUAUGCUGUGAAGCGCAUAACCUGUCUGUUGAACUAAAAUAUCAUCCACAAGAGAUAAUGAUGAGGACAGCUAUCAAACAGUAUCGCCAUACAAGAUAG